AUGUCACAAAAGUACCCGACGUUUGGAUUAUCAUACCUAAGUCCGUCGGCUUUGGCGACGGUGUCCAUAGAUGCACAAAAUAUUGAUACGUCGACGCCCAUCAAUCGCAACGAGAAUGGAGACGAGCCCAGCUUGGAUUCCAUCGAGAUCGGUGAGGAGCUCACGCCGACAAAUGUCCGCCGACGCAAUAGAAACGUCCCACUUCACUCCAUCUUGAAGAACAGCCCCAACCGGUCACAGCAGGUGCCUAAUACUUCGUACUACAGUACACUUUCUGAUCCGCUGCGAGGCGACACACUUGAGCCUCCAGCACGACAACAUGUACUCUUCUCGCCCACUAAGGAGGUUGUGUCAUAUGUGGCCGAGAGCCAGAAAGCGUUCACGGUUGACUUGACCAAAUUGGACGAGCAAGACGAAGAUAACGGGGAAGCAUCAGCCAACAGCAAGAAACCGCUGAGAUCUCGCCUAUGGACCGAUCCAUCUGUUCCUUACGUUCUACUGCUAUAUUUACAAUUGCUCUGCAACGUUCUUCUUGUUCUCUUGGUGGUGUACGUGGUGUAUGUUAUGGUAGUGAACAUCCGAGCAGAUGUACAGCACAAGAUCGAGAUGUACACAUCCGACGCCAUCCAGGAGAUAUCCAAGUGUUCCAGAGAUUACUACAGAAACAAGUGUUCUACGGAAGGAAAUGUGCGGGCGCCAGCAUUGGAGGGUAUCUGCACCACAUGGGAAAAAUGUAUGAAUCGAGAUCCACAACAGAUUGGGCGAUCAAAAAUCACUGCAGAGACAUUUGCCGAUAUUGUCAAUGGUUUUUUCCGGCCCAUUUCCUGGAAGUCUCUUUUCAUGUCGAGCUUCCUCUUGUUUGCCAGUUUUUUUGUCACCAACGUUGCAUUUGGCACUUACAGAAAAGGCUCCACGGAGCAAAACAAGGCGGUUGAUAGAAUAGAGAUUUUAGAAAAGAGGAUCAAGGAGCAGGAAAAGCUUCUAGCUUCUCGAAAUCAUGUUCUUCCAGCAACUCCACCUUCUCAGUUUAUCAGCAAGUAUGAACCAAUUCUCAACGAUAGCAUAUACUCACCGUUGAUGAACAAAUGA